GGCGGGGUGGACGAGAGCCACCUGCAGUACAUGGCGUGUCUCAUGAGCGGCUCCCCCAACGGCAGCAUAGGCAGGGAGAAGGACUCGCCGCUGUCGGGCUACAGAUCUCCCAUGCCCGAGGCACCCUCCGUCAAGCAGGAGAUCCAGAGCCUCAGCGGCAGCCUCAGCGCCGGGCCGCCCAGCCCGGUGUCACCGGGGGGAUCACCCGUUGCCGGGAUCGGCCCCGGGGGCUCGCCACUCGGAUCGCCGCUCGGCAAGCGCAGCCUGGAGCGCGUUCUGGACCGGGAGUCGCCGGACCAGCCCCUGCAGCUGAAGAAGCUGCGCCACGACGACCCGGAGGACCUGUCCAUGAGGGACAACACCGUCAUGAUGGAGGCGUAGGCGUCGCGCCGAAGGAUUCGAACUACAUUCCAGUGUUGGGGAAGGUGAAACGGGAACUUGAUUUGACGCGAGUUUUUCUUUCUUUGCGGAGGGGAAGGGGGGGGGGGUAAAUACUUGGUCAUCUGUACUUCUCUUCAUUCCUGUUCAUCCCUGUUGUUGUUUUUUUAACGUGCUCUUGAUAAAUGCACUCAUUGUAUUCCCGUUCAACAGUCGGCAAGACUGCUGUUCGAUGUUAUUAGCUAAUUGUACUCAUUUCGAAGACGGGACACUCAUUAAGAAUUAUCACUUAUAUCAAAUCGUCGUUAACCACUUAUCAUUCCUCUGUAUGGUUGUAAGGCAUCGCCUCGUCGCAUGUUGAAUUGUUAAGAUUUUUGGAAAGAAACAGUUUGUGGUCUGUCAUCCACGAUGCAUAUCAAUCGCAGUUCUCAGCGGGCCGAAAGGGAGUCUUCUCAUUUCUGCUCCCGUGUUCGUUCAGCAAGAAAACACGAUGUGGAUGACUUUUUGAUGAAAUGCAGAGACAGUGCCUACAAAUGCAGUGAGAGCACGUAUACGUACAAUUUAUGUAAAAUUUACCUGUAGAUUUUUUGUAAAUGUAAAUAUGUAAGUACCUGCCACAUGGUUGGCGUAUUACGUUGCAUAAUAGUCGUUUUUAGUCAUAACAGUAAACCGAUAGGCGUAAUAAUCCAACCAUCAGGCUUGAGUUGUUAGAUUUCCACAAGGAUUUCCAUUUAAAUACAUCAUCUCCGUUCUUGUUUUAUUUUUAAUACAUGUUUUGUUGCAUAUACUCCGAUUAGGAAUUGUUAUUCUUCUUGUUGAUCAUUUAUUCAAAAAUAUUGUAACCACAAAAAAAUGGAAAUUUUAAAGUUGUGUGAUAGUCAUAAAAUUUUUGAUGGGAGGGCAUUGUAGAUUCCUUUCCUGGGAGUUUUUAAAUGCGCUUAUGCCUUGUCAUUUUUUAAGAUUUUUUAUUCUACAGUUUUAAGGUCUGAUUUAAUGCACAAAGAGCAAUUUAUUUCUCAUUGUUUAUCUUUCCUGUUUUUACUUUUACAUCUCAAUGUUUGUUUUCCUGUUUAUUGUUUAAAUGAAGCAAGCAAUUGAGUGCAAGUAGAUUGUGAAGGUAUGUAAGUUUCUGUGUGUGUAUGUGCGUGUGUGUGCGCGUGUGAGAAUGAAUGAUAAAUUGUUUGAAGAAUGUUACGAUAAAACAAAUGUUUUGUCCAUAUCAUUAGCAAUUGCUUUCCCGACCAGCUGUGCGUUAUUUUGUCCCAAUGAAGAUUAUAGAAUAAUCAGCAUUGCACCUUAUUUGUUUAUAGAAUGCGAACAGUUGCAAACACAACAAUUGAAUUUUGGUCUCCGUACGGAGAGCUGGGGUGGAAAUCUCUUCAACCAUAUCUACUUGCCCGUAGUAAGGGGAACUUAUAUUAAGUGAAUAUGUAAACAAUUUUACUUGUUUGCUAUCUUUGUUGAUUUCAAAUAUUAUUUAUUUGUAAUAUUUAUGUUGUCUAGGAGCAGGAACUCUGUGAUUUAGGAUUUUGAAUGAGUUACACUUAAUAGCUGAGUAAGGUUCAAGGCAGGUGAGAGAAACAGAAGGAAGGGACAAACCGAGUCGUAGUGGCUUGUUAAUUUGCUGCUGUAUUGUCGCGAAAAAAAAACCUCUUGUGAUUUUGUAUUUCUAAGAGUGUAUAUACACGGUCAUGUAUAGAAAAUGGAAAUAACUUUUUUCUGUAUGUGACUGAUAAUUUAAAGUGAUAAGUUAAUAACAUAUGUGAUCAGCAUAUGAUAUUGUAAACGCCAUUCGUAUACUUUUCGGCGUGAGAUACGUCAUCUUCUUCGUGCCAUCGCCAACAACACAAUAAACUUUUAGUCAGAAUGUA